AUGAAUGUGGACUCUGGCGACGAGGCUAAUGGCGAGGCGGGCCCGGCCACCGCAGCGGUGGCUCCUUUUCCGCAGCUGACGCUUGAGGAGGAAGCUGCGCUGCUGGCCAAGUACGGCGCCGAGGGGCCCUACAACGACGGCCUUGAGUGGGCAGCACCGAGUCAGUUUAAAUCGCAGAUGGGCGACGGCCAUGUCUUUCUUACGGGUACGGCGUCCAACGACAACGACGUGAGCGAUGGCGCUGUCGUCGCAGACCCCUGUGGCCAUGGCGGCACGACUGCACCCAGGCGUGACCGCGAACACGGGCACAAGGACCCGCUUCGACUGUAUCUCCACGAGAAGUUUCCUUCCCUCUUGUUGCUGGACAGGACGACACCAGCGACGCUGAUGGAGACUGUUACGGACGCCCUUGACGCUCUCGAGAACCUGAGCAACGGCGAUGGGCUACAAAGAGAACGAACGGCGUGCCAUACGUCAACACCGUCACUUACCCGAUUCACGCGGUCUCCCGCGGUGGAGCGGCAUGCUGCUGUCUUGCGAAGCGGAAAGGAGUGGGCGCGUCGUGCGAGUCUCGCAGUUCAGGGUGCGUCUAUCGCUUCCAUGGCAUCGCACUUGUUUAUGCCAGACACUCAUGAGGCACCCUUGGCGUGCCGUGGUGAUCCCUCCCCCAUGAAAGCAGCCGGCGACCCUGCAUGCACGGAGGAUAUCGAGUUUCACCGCCUAGUUGAAUCAACGGAACAGCUGCUCGCCAAGGCAGCGGAGACACUGAAGGCAUGCUCUGCGGCGGCGUGUGACCAGGAAACAGAAGACAUAGCGUACGCCGUGCGCAAGCAGCAAGAGCGCGAGGCGCUGCUUACGGAGGAUGCGCUAGAUGUGUAUUUCGACCGGAUGGAGGUGCUAAACGGAGACGAAGAUGACGAAGAGGCCGUGCAACUGCUUCGUCGUGCUCGCGAGGGACGUGCACGGCUCCGUGCCACCCUAGCUCUGCGUACAGUGAGUACAUCUGCAAGUGACAUCAGUGCGGGGUAUGAUGAAGUGGAGAUGACGCCGUCCGCCGAAGAUGUCGACGCCGACGCGCCGACCCUGUUUACCCAAACGCCGGGACUCCCGUAUCUUUGCGCAUUCGAGAUGGAGCUGCCGUUAGCCGUGCAGCCGCUGCCUGGCAGCGACGGCGCUGUGCUGCAGGCACAAAAAAAGCAUCCCGGGAUCCGCGGUGCAACGAAUGCGGUGUCAGAGGUGGAGGGCCCGCCGACCGGAUCGACAACUGAGGAAGAAAAGUCCCUGUCGCUCCCGCAGCUGCUCACAAGAAGCACGGAGGUGCUUGCGCUGAUCGCCAACACGGAGCUCCGCGAUGGCCAGAUGCAGCUGCAUGCCACGGCGUCAAGAGAAGCGCACGUGCGAGCGCGUCGACCCGGUAGUGCUGCUCGACAAGGCGUGGCACAGGUCAAGCUGCAGAGCUACGAGCGCAAUGCACUCGGCCUUGCAACUCUUCCGUCGUUUGUGCAGCAGCUCGACAUACUUCUCUCCCCCACACGAGAGGAGCAACAGUACCGUGGAGCAGUCCCAACGCGGUCGCUUCAGCCGUAUACCCAGGUAGGCCUCGAUAAUGGCGCCAACGCCGCUCAGGAGCAACAAGGUGGAGGUAGCGGAGAUGCAGCCGAUUCCGUGUCGGUUGUGAACACUUCACUAGAACGCAUUCGCCGGCAGGCGGCACUAGAGUUGUUUCUUGUAGACCGCGAGGCCACUGAGGGCCACCGCAUGCGCAUCGAAGAUGAGCUGGUGGAGCGCGAGAUUCGCGCCCGUGCAGAUUGGCUCACUUGGUACGCAGAGCAGCGCACUGCGUUGGAGCGGUCGGCGGUCCAGGCUGCGGAGCACCUUUGCGAAACUCAGAGAACCGCAUACGCCGAGCUCCUCGCCACCGCCACCAAGGACAGAGCGCUGGUGCAGCAGUCACAGGAACUGCGACGCCUCCAGGAAAGUGAAAAGCUGGUGUACACGCUCAUCCUAGAGUGGGAGGUGCAACGGGAGAAGCUGUUGCAAGAGGAGGCACUAUCGCUUCGGUUGUUGCGCCGCGACGCAGACGAGGAAGAGCAGCGCGCUCGAAUGGCCACCCAGAAACGGGUGGACGGCGAGAUGGCAACUGCAAAGAGCGCCAUGGAACAGCUUCGCGCCGUCUUCGAGCAGCAGCGUGUAUGGGCAUGUUCACAGACACUGCAAGGCGAAGAUGACGCGUCUGCUGCUGACACAGCGGUGUCUCUAGACGAGAACACACUGCGCGAGAGCCAAUGGUAUUCUUGGCGGAUCGCGCCGUUGCUGAGGGAACGGGCGGCAUUGCUGCGCUGGAUCUCGACGCGACAAAAGACGCUCGAGAGCGUCCGCACUCUUCUUGUAGAAGCUGAGGGCCAUUACCGCGCUCAUGUCAAGGGUGCUGCUCAGAGCCUCAACAGCAUCGAAGCUUCAGCCUCUGUGGUGGUGCUCCCCGAGAAUCCCCCUCUCGUGGAGGAGUGCGGUGUGCCCGCAAAGCAGGCUGCCGCGGAUGCUCGAGUGCUGGACGCCGACACAUUUGUGAGGCUGCUCUGGCCGUCGCUCCACACUGUGGCACGCAGCCCACGGAGGGCACCCCAGCACCUGGCGAAACUUGUGCUCUCCCUCGAAGACCUGCAGCAGGUGGACUGGGGCCAGCUGCGUCACCUCAGCCUCAGCGCUGCCCAAGGUGCCAGGCCACAGUGCGAACCCAAAGCCGCUGUUUCGGUCGCGCGUGUGGUGAAGGAGUUGGAUUUAAGCGGCAAUCCGCUGCGGCAACUGGAUGUGUUGGAGGCUGUCCGCACUUUUUCCUCGUUGCAGUCACUCAGCGUCUCUCACGCGCAACUGCAUACCCUGGACGUAUCAGGCCCAACAGGCACGACAGACAGAGCGCUCGCGACGGGACUGCCCGACCAGCGCCGCCUCUCUGCCGGCAGCGCUCCCUCUUCUCGCACAUCGCACCUGCGCCACGUGGCGGCGGCGCGCAACCACGCCUUGGCGGCGCGGGUUCACCUGCUGUCUCUUACCGUCUCCUCCAAUAAUCUCGCUUCGCUCACGCCGCUGAGUACGCUCGCCUCCUCCUCGUUGGUCCGCUGCACGGUCACAGAGAACAAGCUGACUGCCCUCGACUCCCUCAAGGGCUGUGUGCAGCUGCGCGAGUUGUCAGCAGCUCACAACAGACUGACUGAUGCGCACGCCGUCAGCGCGAUGCCGCUGCUGCGCGAGCUGGAUGUGGGGAGCAACGAACUCGCAACGUUGACUUCAAGAACAGAUGGAGGUGAAGACGACGCUACGUCGAACUCGCCCAUGCUGCUCAGCAAGCUGUGCGCCUCGCACAAUCCACUGCGUGCGCUUCCAACGAGUCAAUACGUCUACCCCUGCUUAACGCAGCUGUUUGUGAAUCGCACGAAACUCGCCUCCCUUGACGCCGCCGCCCUCGGGUGGUUUCCGAUGCUGACAGUGCUGCAGGUCGAGGGUAAUGAGAUCAGCGACAUUAGCGGAGUGCAGCACUGUCCGCGGCUGAGGUCGCUGAGGCUAUCGCACAAUCGGCUUGCCUCUCUAAGCGCGCUAGAGCCGCUGAGAUGCUGCACGCGGCUGCAGGAGCUUGAUCUCACGGGGAAUCCUUGUCUGGUCGAGGACUCCAAUGAUGUGCAACUUGCAGCAACUGUGACUCGUGCACUACACGAACUCGUUCCGUCUUUGGAGAUACUGAACAACUGUCGUCGGGAACACGCGCGUGAGCUGCGACGAAUGCCGGAGUCCCACUCGUCAUCUUCCCGUGCACCGACAACAGGGACGGAGGCAGACGAUCAUCUGGACUGCGGAUGGCACGCCGACGCUGCUCUUGCUGCGCUCGUCACGUCGUCGUCGCGAUACCUCCCUGCUGCCACCCCCCAGCUAUACCGAGAGGUCUUUUCCGCCCUGUGCUGGGAUGCACAGCUGCAGCACGUACUGGAGGAGAAGGAGCUGCGUGAGGCGUACGCAGAGCGUCCGUUGAACCGCGCUAAGGCCUGGGAGCUCACCGCCUCUGACGCGGCUGCCGCUGUUUGUGCAAAAAGCGACGGCGAUCAGCCUCCGAGUAAUCCGAGUGCCGCCGCAGUGGCGGAUCUUAACGCGUUAACGGCAGCACAAAUUCACGUUCGCACCGCGGAGCACCAGCGUCAUGUGGAACACUACCGGGUCGAUGCCGCGGUGUUGUCUGAGUGGAUCAGCCUCUCUUAUCGUCCCCCUUCAGCGGCGCUCGCUGUGUCUGCCGAGGGUGACCCGCUAGCAUGCACGCACGUUCGUAACUUCUCCUACAAGCAGCACCAGCACGACCACGUCGCCCUUCUCGCUCGCGCAUACCUCACGGAGUGGCUGCACGGCCGUGUACUCGUUCGACGGGCUCGCCUCGAGCUGGCCCGUCUGCGGCUCGCGUAUUGGCAGUCCCAGGCGCGCCAGGAGGAGCUUGCCGUCAAGCGCAUCCAGCCGGUUUGGCGUGGCGCGGCAUUGCGCUCACGGCUGCGGCGUUUUUUGUACCCAGAGCGCGCUGGCAAAAGCGAGGGGAUUGACGUCGAUGACUUUCCCAAGGUCAACGUGGACGACUGGCUCGUCGGCAACGCCGCUGCUCUGGCGCCAGUGGAGGUGCUCUUCCAUGACGUGGUGGAGUCGGCGCGUGGGCUCGCCCCCGUGCCGUUCGACAUUCCGGAGACGAUGCCCUCGCACGCUGUGGCUGCAAUCAUUGAAGCAUCGCCACUUCCAGUCUCCACCAGCUUCACCCCUGCACUCCCACGUGACGCUCCGUCGCACAGCGGAGUGAUCAGGGACGACGCAGCGCCGCAGCGCAUCGCUGGCAAGCCACCGAGUAGCGGCGUAGCGGUGGACAGGAAACUGAAGAACAGCGGUUCGACCCUGACUGAGGAGUGGGGUCCCCUUGUAGCGGCGCAGAUUCGAAAGAAGCGGCAGAAGCUCGCUCGCUCGCACCAGCAGCACGUGCGCGAGGAAUUCCUUCAGGACCCGCUGCGUGUAAAGCGCGAGGCGCGAGAGGAUCGUGCGCAUCAGCGGCCCAAGUAG